GAGGGAUUGAGAUUUGACCACCAUCACGCCUCGAAGAGUCAAGGACAGCGAGAACGCAUACCGACGGAAAAAUGGAGGAUGUUGAAUACGCGCAGCUCUACGAUUCAAUCGUCGAUUCUUACGACAGCGGCUUCGCACACAAUCCAGGGCUUUUGCGGCUGAUCGAGAAGAUCAACUCCCGCCUCCCCACGUCUGCGAAUAUCCUCGACAUUGGCUGUGGCACCGGAAAUCCAGUCUCUUCCACCUUGGCAUCAUCGGGCCACAAAGUCGUAGGUGUCGACUUCUCCCCGGAGAUGGUCACGAUGAGUCAAAAGAAUGUCCCCAAGGGCAAGUUUCUCGUCGCUGAUAUGCGCCAUUACGAGCACCCAACGACGGCACGGCCAGACGCGAUAUUCAACGUCUUUGCCUCGUUUCGUCUCCGAAGGGAAGAAACUGAGUCAUUGGUUAACAAGUGGGCCGGGUGGCUUAACCCGAAUGGCCUUCUGUGCAUUGCCACCAUGGCCGCAGACGACUGUCCCCAGGACAGGAUCGAGAACGGAUAUGACCCGGACGGCCUCUGUGCUCGAGCUGUCAGGCAACGAUUCAUGGGCAACGAGUUCCGUCACACCAUGUUCACCCGCCGCGGAUGGACAGAUCUUCUUCAGCGCAAUAACCUUGAGGUCGUCGAGAGCUGGAUGGAGAUAUUUGUGCCCCCAGGGUCUAUGGACACAGAUGACGCCAGGUUCUUUUAUAUCAUCGCCAGAAAGGGGGAGUGAUGUGCCUGUUGUAUUUCUUUUUUUUUUUUUUUAACUAGUCCGAUCUCUCGCUAUCCAACAAACAACUUCGCC